AUGGAGGAAAAGGAUGAAAACAAGGUUGAAAGGAUUGUAGACAAAAGAAAGAAUAAAAAGGGCAAAUGGGAAUAUCUCAUACGGUGGAAAGGGUAUGGAAGCAAUGAAGAUACAUGGGAACCAGAACAUCACUUAUUGCACUGUGAGGAAUUUAUCGAUGAAUUCAACGGGCUGCACGUCACAAGAGAAAAGCGAGCUAAACAUGGAAAACAAGCCAGUGUGCCCAAAUUUUUACGAGAAAGCAGGGGGUCGUCCCUUGACAAAAUAACGCACAGACCCUCAGACUCUGGGAAAAGCAAAGGGCUGUCUCAUAAAAGGAAGCGUAUGGCCCCAACAUUUCAAAAGCCAAAAAAGAGCUAUGCAGCAAAACCUGCAUCUUCAAACGACAGAGCUGCCAAAACGGUAUCGUACCGGACUACCCCCAGCGGCUUGCAGAUCAUGCCUCUGAAAAAGCCGCACAAUGGCUUGCAGAAUGGAGACGCCACUUUCGAGAAGGAUUCUGCUCAUUUGGGGAACGGCUCUCAAAAGGCAAACGAAGAUUUAAAUGAAGCUGAAGGAGAACCCAAUUUGCCUGGAGUACUGGAGGUUAAUAACGAGUCACCCGUCAUGAAUGGCGUCGGUUCUUCUCUUGCAAAUGGAGGCCUGAAUCUUCAUAGCACUGUGAAACGGAAGCUGGAGGGGGAAAAGGGUUACGUCUUUGAUAAGAGACUCAGGUACAGCGUGCGUCAGAAUGAAAGCAACUGUCGGUUUAGAGACAUUGUUGUGCGCAAAGAAGAUGGAUUCACGCACAUCCUCCUAUCCAGUCAGACCUCAGAUAACAAUGCCCUGACUCCAGAGAUCAUGAAGGAGGUCCGGAGAGCCUUGUGCAACGCAGCCACUGAUGACAGUAAACUCCUUCUGCUCAGUGCUGUGGGUAGUGUCUUUUGUAGCGGCUUGGACUAUUCCUACCUAAUUGGAAGGUUAUCCAGCGACCGAAGAAAAGAAAGCACCAGGAUCGCUGAGGCUAUAAGGGAUUUUGUGAAAGCCUUUAUUCAGUUUAAGAAGCCCAUUGUGGUUGCCAUCAAUGGCCCUGCUCUAGGCUUGGGGGCUUCAAUUUUACCACUCUGUGACAUUGUUUGGGCAAGUGAAAAGGCCUGGUUCCAAACCCCCUAUGCAACCAUUCGGCUCACUCCUGCUGGCUGUUCAUCGUACACGUUUCCACAGAUAUUGGGCGUGGCUUUGGCCAAUGAGAUGCUGUUUUGUGGAAGAAAGUUGACGGCGCAAGAGGCCUGCAGCAGAGGACUUGUCUCCCAGGUCUUUUGGCCCACCACAUUCGGGCAGGAAGUGAUGCUGAGGGUUAAAGAAAUGGCGUCCUGCAGUGCAGUGGUUUUAGAAGAAUCUAAAUGCUUGGUUCGGAGUUUCCUAAAAUCUGGCCUUGAAGACGUGAACGAGAAAGAAUGUCAGAUGUUAAAGCAACUCUGGAGUUCUUCCAAAGGACUAGAUUCAUUAUUCAGCUAUCUACAAGACAAGAUCUAUGAAGUUUGACAUUGUUGUAUGACUUGAAAGAAAAAGGGGAAAGAAUGUUCUGGGACAAAAGAGAUUUCAGGUGUCUCCGGGUUUGAGAAAAAUAAUAUGAAAGUCAAAACCCAGAUCCAGCAAAUCCUCCAGAGGAUUUUUGUGACAGCGUAUCUAACAUAUCUGAGGUUGUACCAGUUUCCUUGUGAACUCUUCCUAGCAGGAUUGAUUUUCCUUUGUUGAAGGAAGGGUAGAUGUAUUGACCCAGCCUUUGGCAAGAAUUGCAUCUGAACACAAAGGUGGCUGGAGAGAAACAUACAUUCCACGUGCCAGAAGCACUAGUGGUAACCCUUUAAGGCACACCACAAAUCUCACUUCUUUUGUCUUCUUUUUUAUUAUUAUUAUUAAUUAACUUAUUCUUGCUACUGUAAGCAACUUGUCACAGCAUCAGUCUAAAUGGCUCAGUUUAGAAUUCAGGCCUAAAUCAUAUUUACCCAGCUGGCCUGCUUUAAGAAGAUGUCAAUGCUUUUUAUUGGUUGGAACAUUAACAAUGGAACACAACGUACGUGGGGAAGGGAGAUAUAAUUUAUAAUGGAUGAUGGAUAAAAGAAAAUAAUUUUGCAAAAAAAAAAAACUUAUAAAAAAAACCC